GACCAAAGAGACUGGGCUCCUUUUUAAUCAAAGCUCAGGAGGAGAGCUGCAUUCCACUGUUUCACAGAUGCUGUGAGGGUGACAAAGAUGCAGGGCACCCACUGGAAACACAGAUGGCACUCUGCGAAAGAGGAAGGGGCGCCAGGAGCUUGGUUGGCAACACCAUUAUGACAUCACAACCUGUUCCCAAUGAGACCAUCAUAGUGCUCCCAUCAAAUGUCAUCAACUUCUCCCAAGCAGAGAAACCCGAACCCACCAACCAGGGGCAGGAUAGCCUGAAGAAACAUCUACACGCAGAAAUCAAAGUUAUUGGGACUAUCCAGAUCUUGUGUGGCAUGAUGGUGUUGAGCUUGGGGAUCAUUUUGGCAUCUGCUUCCUUCUCUCCAAAUUUUACCCAAGUGACUUCUACGCUGUUGAACUCUGCUUACCCAUUCAUAGGACCCUUUUUUUUUAUGAUCUCUGGCUCUCUAUCAAUCGCCACAGAGAAAAGGUUAACCAAGCUUUUGGUGCAUAGCAGCCUGGUUGGAAGCAUUCUGAGUGCUCUGUCUGCCCUGGUGGGUUUCAUUAUCCUGUCUGUCAAACUGGCCACCUUAAAUCCUGCCUCACUGCAGUGUGAGUUGGACAAAAAUAAUAUACCAACCAGAAGUUAUGAUUCUUACUAUUAUCAUGAUUCACUUUAUAGCACGGACUGCUAUACAGCCAAAGCCAGUCUGGCUGGAACUCUCUCUCUGAUGCUGAUUUGCACUCUGCUGGAAUUCUGCCUAGCUGUGCUCACUGCUGUGCUGCGGUGGAAACAGGCUUACUCUGACUUCCCUGGGAAUGCACAGUGUUCAUUGGUACUGGUGGAAGUGUUGAGGGAAUGCCAACAAGCGAGAUUCAAAGCACUCAGGUGGGACAAGCCAACACAUCUGACUUUACUCACCCUUCUCACAGCAAGCCGCACAAUUUCCUUAGGAAGACUCUUUGAUCCCUGGCGCUACCCUUUCUGGACUUCAUGGUCUGAGCCAAAGUCAGAAGAAUCCAAGGAGACCAUAAUUUCACAGCGAAGAUGCCAUAGCAUUUUAUUACCAUUACAAAAGUUCAUCAUUACUGGAUCUUUGACUGUCUUGUCUACAAAAAAAUGCACCAAAUUUUUGACUGGAGUCAAUAUUGGAGCUAACAUUAUCAGCACUGUGCUUUCAAUCAUUGGGAUAAUUCUUCUCUCAAUGAAUUUAAUGGAUAUAUUUUUAUUUGAAUGUUUGGAGUUACUUCAGUGUUCAGUGGCUAAAUCUUUUACAACUAGCAUUGUGAUCCUCCAAAUGAUGCUGACUUGUGUCCAAAUUGCCAUUUCAUUCUUACUCUCUGGGCUUACUUAUAAUGUGAAUGGCAAUAAUGUCAACUAGAGUGAAGAAAAAAUAUCAGUGGAGAAGAAGAGAAGCUAGAAGAGAUCCAAAUGAGAAGCUAGUGUUUAAAAUCAAGAAAGAAACCCUCCUUGGACUCUGAGUCCUUACAAUAUUUUCUAUUGACCAAACACACAACAUCAGAGUGGUCAGACAGGAAAAGUUAUUGAAAAGUUCACUUUUCUGUAUACUACUUCUGGCAAGGUUCAAAAGCCCAAAUCCUGUAAACUUCAGGAGAUAGUCCAGCAUGCAUACGUCCAGUGAAUCCAGUUAGCUCCAUGAGUCCACAAAAUGACAUUCAACUUAGCUGAUUUGAAUUUGGAAAUCAACUUGGACAGUGUUCCCACUCUAAAGAAAAAGGAGGAAGCAUCUGGUAUAGUAGAAGCCUUGAUUACAUCAGGCUCCAAUGCAGGAAGAACUGCUGAAUGCUGGAUAUGAAAGCUAAUGUCUUUGAGAGUCAGUGGACAAGUCUGUAACAGGGGCUUUGCUGCUGGAAAGAAAGUGACCAAGGGUCUGUGGCAGCACCAUUUUACAUUUCCACCAACAGUGUGCAAAGGUACCAACUUCUUUACAACCUCACCAACACUUGCUGACUUUGUUCUAUAGUUGCCAACCUGACAGGAAUUCCUAAGGCUUGGCAACUUAUAAAGAAAUAAGAUGUGUUUGGCUCAUGCUUCCGAUGACUGGAAAGUUCAAGAUUAGGCAUCUGCAUCUGGGCCUUGUGAUUGUACUGAUGAUGCUAAACUGCUUGCAACUUUCAAUUACUUUUGCUCUCUGCAGACUCACCCAUACUGCAGAUGGCAAUAAAAUCAGUUGGAUUUCUGCAUUAUCUUUCCUGAAACCAGCUUCAGAAGGUUCUUAUCAAGACUUGCAUCAAACUUCAUUUUACCAAAACCUUGAGCAGAGAGACUCAUCCUCUUAAACUACAAUCUCUAAGACAGAUGCACAGACAUAAGGAUACACCUCUGUCACGUAGUUACAUAGCGAUGGCAACUGGAAAAAAAUAAAAUAAAAAAUACGAAAUCAAAA